UGCUUCGGAUGAUGAAGAAGAACAGCACAACCUUCUUACAAGGGUAGCUAGCGACAGAUCCCCUGCAGACAGUUUAGUUCACUUGAACCCUACCUAUUGCGUGCUCAACUGAGUGACAUAAAGCAAUUGUCCACAGUCAGACGAUAGAGGUUGAAUUCCGGCAUGGAAAAUCAUUUCUCGAAAGUGCCAACUACAAUGAAGUUCUCGGUGAUUUUUGUGCUCAUGUGCCAAGUUCUUACACUGAGUUCUGGCUUCGAAUUGACCGUGCUUCAUGUGAACGACAUCCAUGUCCGCAUUGAGGAGACCAAUAAGUAUUCUGGAAAUUGCAAGGCGGAAGAUAAAGAGGCCGGCCAUUGCUUUGGCGGCCUUGCUCGUUUGCACACGGCUGUAAAGGAAGUCAAGGCUAAAGAACCCAACACCAUCUUCCUGAAUGGAGGCGACUUCUACCAAGGCAACGCCUAUUACACGCAUUUCAAAUGGAGAAUUGUGGCCCCCUUCGCCAACAUCCUUAAUUUCACGGCCAUGGCUCCAGGGAAUCACGAAUUCGACGACAAUGUGAACGGAUUUGUGCCAUUUCUCAAAAACACCCAAUUUCCUGUGAUAGCAGCCAACCUCGACACGUCACUGGAAGCCAGUUUAGAGGGAUUGAUGACUCCCUCGGUGGUUGUGGAACGUGGAGGCAGAAAAAUCGGCAUCAUUGGCUACGUCACGACUGACACUCCAGAACUGUCGAAUUCGGGUCAAGUUCGAUUCAUCGACGAAGUGGUGGCGAUCGAUCAAGAGGCUAAACGAUUAAAAGCCCAAGGCGUUGAAAUCCUCGUGGCUCUUGGUCACUCCGGGUAUGAAAAGGAUCAAGAGAUUGCCAAACAGGUGCCCGAUAUUGAUUUGGUGGUUGGUGGACAUACUCACAGUUUCCUUUACACUGGUCCGGAGCCGUCAACGGAGAAACCAUCGGGACCAUAUCCAACAAUUGUCAUGCAAGACAAUGGUAGAAAAGUUCCCGUGAUCCAGGCCUAUGCCUACACAAAGUAUUUGGGUCAUUUCAAGGUCAACUUUGACGAUGAGGGGGAAGUCACAACUUGGACCGGAUCUCCAAUGCUACUGGAUAACCGCUUUGCUCAAGAUGAAGAUGUUUUAAAGGAGCUCGUACCGUGGAAAGACGAAGUUAAGGAACUAGAAUUGCAAGUUUUUGCCCAAACCAAGGUGGUGCUGUUGGCCAGACGUGGCGAGGAAACCAAUUUGGGUAAUUUGGUCACUGACUCAAUGGUCGACCAUUAUGCUCAAAAUGGUAACACCGAUAAUGAUCAUUGGACCUACGUUCCCAUGGCCUUUCUUAACUCUGGUGGCCUUCGUGGAUCUUUUGAGAUUGGGAACAUAAGCGCUGCAGAUAUUUUAGCAGUGUUGCCAUUUGAAAAUACAGUGGAUGUCAUCACUCUGAAAGGACGUGACUUGAAGAGCGUUUUCGAGGAAAUGGCCAAGAGAAUGAACCCCGACGGGACGAGUGGAAAUGGUGGAUUUCUUCAAGUGUCAGGGAUUUUCGUGACGUUUGAUUUGCGUCGCCAAGAAGGUGAUCGCGUGAUUCAGUUGAAGACCCGUUGUUCCAAGUGCCGAGUACCCAAAUACCAACCCGUAGAUCUCAACCAGGAGUACAACGUCACCACCGUGAGCUACCUAGCCAAUGGCGGGGACGGAUAUCACAUCAUCAAAGACAAGAAACUCCACCACAUAACAGGAGCUCUGGAUAGCGGGGUUUUCCAGAACUAUGUGGCCAGGAUCCAACCUCUCAUUUCGUCUGUCGAAAAUCGAAUUACUAUCCUGACCAAAGACACUCAAGACUACCUGUUCUCUUCCUCCUCUUCCCCUUUCUUGUCAUCAACAAUGGUGCUCUCCAUAUGUUGUCUGAUAUAUCUAUUUUGAAUUUUGAUUCAACAUUACUGACCAAUUAAAAUGACCAAUCUCCAUUAAAUGUUCCCCAUCCGUU